AUGGCUGAGGAUGAAAAGAAUGGCACCAGCUCAUAUAAGUUAUAUUGCUGCAUACCAUGCUUUCAAAAGCCAUCAUCACCAGAAAAGCACGACAAUGUUUCAAGAUCUGAGAAAAAGAAGCCCGGAGGAUGGAGAGCCAUGCCUUUUAUCCUAGGAAACGAGACUUUUGAGAGGUUGGCAAGUUUUGGCUUGUUAGCCAACUUUAUGGUGUAUUUGACGAGAGUUUUUCACUUGGAGCAGGUGGCUGCUGCAAACACUUUAAACAUCUGGUCGGGUAUUACCGAUUUCGCGCCCUUGAUUGGUGCAUUCAUCUCUGAUGGCUAUUUGGGCAGGUUUAAGACCAUUGCUUAUGCAUCCUGUGCAUCUUUUCUGGGAUUGGUGAUUGUGACCUUAACAGCAUGGUUGCCUUAUCUUCAUCCUGAAAAAUGCGAGCCUGCAGGAAAUCAGCAGUCUUAUGGCCAUUGUAAAAGUCCCACCAGCAUUCAAUUGGGUGUUUUGUUUAUUGGCCUAGGCUUCUUAUCUAUAGGCACAGCUGGGAUUAGACCAUGCAGCAUUCCGUUUGGUGUGGAUCAGUUUGACCCAACAACUGAAGAAGGGAAAAAAGGGAUUAACAGCUUCUUCAACUGGUAUUAUACCACCUUCACAGUGGUUAUAUUGAUCACUGUAACCUUAGUGGUGUAUAUUCAAGACUCUGUUAGCUGGGUUUGGGGUUUUGGAAUACCUACUGUGCUUAUGCUCUGCUCCAUUAUACUUUUCUUUGUUGGAACAAGGAUUUAUGUGCAUGUAAAGCCAGAAGGAAGUGUUUUUUCUAGCAUUGCACAGGUUUUGGUUUCUGCUUAUAAAAAGAGACGGCUUAAGCUUCCUGACAAUUGUGAUGGAGAGCGGGCUGAUGGGAUUUUUUAUGAUCCUCCAAUUAAAGAUCAAUCAACCAUGGCGUCCAAGCUCCCUCUUACCAAUCAGCUCAGGUGA